CCCAUACUACAUAAAACUAGAAACUUGGGUUAAUAUUCGAAAGGAUUAGUCCUUUAAACGUUACAAGCACUAAAUACGAAGACUCUGUACAAAAUAACCCGUCAAAAUGUGGUUCUUUAAGGCCUUCCUAUGGAUAUUAAUCACAGGUUAUGUUUUUGCUGAACAAAUUUGGAAGAAUAGCAAUGCAAUUCGAUCAAUCGAUUUGCGGUCUACCUUCGUCAAGGAAACGACUUCGUUAAUCAUUGUCAAUGAAGGAAAUGAGCCUCAAACCGUCUAUCGCUAUCAUCAACAUGUUAAUCGUGGUGAGGAAAUCGCAAAAAUCGAAGCUGUUUUAAAGGAUCAUUCUAAAAAGAAGGCUCAACUCACCCAAGUGGAUGAUGUUUCCUUUGAUAUUUUCUUGGAAACCCCCGUCCAGCCAGGUGAAAGCCGUACUAUUACCGUCCGAACCAGCCUGAUUCAUGGAUUUCGUCCUCUUCCCUCUGCUAUUGAUCAAGAUGACUCUCAGUUUUUGGUGUAUAAAACCUCUCGGUUCCUUGACAGUUUGUAUUCUACUGAACAACAGCGUACUCGCUUUAUCCUUCCAUCCUCUAACGUUGAGUCGUAUACGACUUAUGAUGAAUCUCCUGCUCGUAACGGAAAUACAAUUGUUUAUGAAACUCGCUCCUUCGUUUUGCCCGGUGACAACUCGGAAGAAAUUCAAGUUCGCUAUGAGCAUACCACACCUCUUCCCAAUGCUAUCGAUUUUCACAUGCAAGUUGAGUUUCAUCAGUACCGCCAAAAGAUGGACGUUUCGGAGCGAAUUGUUCUCGAAAACCGCUCUGCUAAAUUGAAGACUCCUUUCGAUCGUGCUAGAUGGUACAUGAAGAACUUCUACAAUCCCAUCUCCACCGCCAUCAAUCGUUUUCUAAUUACUUUGCCGAGCGACGUAAGCGAUGUUUCUUACACUGAUGAAGUUGGAAACAUUACCACCUCUCAUAUGCGUACUGAGCCUCAACAAACAGUGCUGGAGCUGCUUCCUCGUUACCCAGUGUUUGGUGGUUGGAACUAUCUGUACAACUUGGGCUGGUCUAUGCCUUAUUCCACCUUCACUACUCACGAGGAUGGACAAAUUUUCAUAAAACUUCCUCUCACUUGGGUUCCUGGAGAGUUAUUUUUUGAAAAAGCUUCCUGGUCUUAUGUUUUCCCAGAAGGCGCUUCCAACAUUUCUGUAAAAUUGCCUGUAGAGGCUGACUCCUCGAAUGUUAACACCGUUCACAAAUUUCUGGACACAAAAGGUCGACAAGUUUACACUUUUGAAGCUUCCAAUGUCGUUGAUGGUGAUCCAUCUCAGAUUGUUGAGAUUUCUUACAGCUUUGAUAAUUCCGUUAUGUACAUGCGCGUUGCAAUCAUUACUGCAUUACUUCUGAUCCUUGCAACCUCUGUUUAUCUUAUUUGGGCCCCUUAAACUUUUGGAGUGGUCCGUUAAAGAAUAUAAAAACGAAAGUUCUGUCUUUUCCAUACGCACGUAAAUGAUUUUUUAAAUCUUUGGUUUUCACCUAUGAUGUUUAACGCUGGACUUUUGCACAAGUUCAUGAGUUUAAUUUAUAAAAACCUAUUUUGAAAUAAACCCAAAUUUACAUUCUUUUAUAUUUUUUUUAUACUUAUAAAUGAAUCCCUUAAAUGACUUUGUUCAAACCAUCUUUCUAUUCUCUGCUCCAAAAGGAUACUUUAAAAAAGUCUUCGUUUUCCGUACUUUAGUUAACCUAAUUUCUCUUUUUA